CUCAGUCACUGUUUUGUCUAUUCGUGGCCUGUGACGUCAGAGGGAGGAGCGCGGAGGGAGAUACGGAAAGUGAGAGGGGCCAGGCCUGACAGUCGCUCUGGAGGUGGAGGAGGAGGAAGAUGGUUUACAUCUCGAAUGGACAAGUGUUGGACAGCAGGAGUCAGUCCCCAUGGAGAUUGUCUUUUAUAACGGAUUUCUUCUGGGGAAUAGCCGAGUUUGUGGUUUUGUUUUUCAGAACUCUGUUUCAGCAAGAUGUGAAAAAGAGAAGAGGCUACGGAAGCUCAUCUGAUUCCAGAUAUGAUGAUGGAAGAGGGCCACCAGGAAACCCCCCGAGAAGAAUGGGUCGAAUUAAUCAUCUGCGUGGCCCUAAUCCUCCUCCAAUGGCCGGUGGAUGAGGAAGGUAA